AGGCAAUCGGCAAUAUAAAAAUUCCCCGGGAGUGCUCACGUAAACCCGUGAAAAUAAACAGGACCUAAAUAAAUGUCCAGGCUCUGGUUAUGAAGUUUUUGCAUUGUUGAUGCCAAACCUCAAAGCGUUUCAACUCAUCCAAACCUCAAACGCAGGUUAAACUCAUAAUCAGAGAUCGCCUCAAACCACAGAACAUCCCUUCGGGAAAUUUUCUGUGCCUCAAACCACCUCAAACUAAACAACUCGAAGCUGUCAGAAGAUCCUCAAGUUGUGUAUUGAUUUUCUGUACCGCAGUGCAGUGAAAAUAACUUGUUACCAGCACAGAUUCGGUCAGUUAUGGCUGUCUUCAAAGUGACCAAGUGCCCCACAGAUGACCUGUCCCUCACGAACUGUGCCAUCACAAACGAAAGCGAUUUUCCAGGAGUCAGACAUAUCCGGAUCAAUACUGGGGGUGGGCAAACAUUCGUGUUCUCCAUUAAAGCCCACUCCAGUGUGCCCCGCUAUCAUGUUGGAUUCAGUUUACCCCAACGAAAAUGGGCCGUGCUUUCACUCAACCAGGAAAUUGGGGUCGAGCCCUAUCAGCCCGAAGAAUACUUGUCUUCAAUUGUGCUGGAAGUUGAUUACAUGCAAAAGAAAACUGUAUCCCAGGAACCAUAUGAUUCUGAUGAAAUGGCGAAGGAGUUUGUCAUGUCAUUUCCGAAUCAAGUGUUCACUGUUGGCCAGCAACUUGCAUUCUCAUUUAAGGACAAAAAGUUGCUGCUUGCUGUUGUAAGGGAUUUGGAAGUUGCAAACAUUGUUGCUCUAAAAGAAGGCCGAGAUGCGAAACCGAAAAAGGCUAGAAUAGGCCAGUUAAUGCCCAACACCACGGUUCAGUUUGAAAAGGCCGAAACAUCAGCAUUGAAUCUAGUGGGGAAGUCUAAGGGGCUCCAGUUGCGCCAAUCGAUCAUUAACCCGGAUUGGGACUUUCAGAAAAUGGGCAUUGGCGGCUUAAGUAAUGAGUUCAACGCGAUCUUCAGACGGGCGUUUGCUUCCCGAGUUUUCCCUCCGGAAAUUGUUGAGCAAUUAGGGUGCAAGCACGUGAAAGGUAUAUUGUUGUUCGGGCCUCCUGGUACGGGGAAAACCUUAAUGGCGAGACAGAUUGGAAAAAUGCUGAAUGCAAGGGAGCCUAAGAUAGUCAAUGGUCCUCAGAUCUUGGACAAAUAUGUGGGUGAAUCAGAAGCGAAUGUCCGAAGACUGUUUGCUGAAGCCGAAGAAGAAGAAAAACGGGCGGGUCCCAAUAGCGGCCUCCACAUUAUCAUCUUUGAUGAAAUCGAUGCCAUUUGCAAACAGCGAGGAUCAGUUGCAGGAGCAACUGGCGUUCACGACACUGUUGUUAAUCAAUUGCUUUCUAAAAUCGAUGGUGUGGAACAGCUCAAUAAUAUUCUGGUUAUUGGUAUGACCAAUAGAAAGGACAUGAUAGAUGAAGCCCUGAUGCGACCGGGUAGAUUGGAAGUGCAGGUGGAGAUCAGUCUACCAGACGAAGAAGGACGAGUUCAAAUUUUGGACAUUCAUACUGCUAGGAUGAAGUCCUAUAAAAAAAUCAGCAGCGAUGUGGAUUUGAGUGAACUCGCAACACUGACGAAGAACUUCUCGGGCGCUGAGCUGGAAGGUUUGGUACGAGCAGCUCAAUCUACUGCUAUGAAUCGACUAAUUAAAGCCGCCAGCAAGGUAGAAGUCGAUCCUGAAGCAAUGGAGAAAUUACUGGUUACUCAUGCUGAUUUCAUACAUGCAUUGAAACAUGAUAUAAAACCCGCUUUUGGAACAGCGGAAGAAAUCCUCAAUCAGUGUCUUCUCCGCGGAAUCAUCAACUGGGGUUCACCCGUCACUAAUAUUCUAGAAGAUGGGAAUCUUCUAGCGCAACAAGCUAGAGAAACAGACGGUUCAGGUUUGGUCUCAGUGUUGAUUGAAGGACCGCCGAAUGCAGGAAAAACCGCCCUAGCUGCACAAAUAGCAAAAAACUCCAACUUUCCUUUUGUCAAAGUUUGUACACCAGAAGAGAUGGUUGGUUACACCGAGACUGCAAAAUGUUUAAGUAUUAGAAAGAUUUUUGAUGACGCCUACCGAUCCACGUUAAGCUGCAUUCUGGUUGACAAUAUUGAAAGACUUCUCGAUUACGGCCCCAUUGGUCCAAGAUAUUCCAAUUUAACACUCCAAGCUUUGUUGGUUCUAUUAAAAAAGGAACCGCCACCGGGCAAGAAACUGUUGAUCUUGUGCACGAGCAGCAGGAGGCAAGUGUUGGAGGACAUGGAAAUGUUAUCAGCCUUCACCACUGUACUUCACGUUCCCAACUUAUCCAAAGCUGAGCAUCUCCUGAAUGUGCUGGAAGCAUCAGAAGUGUUCACAAAUGCAGAACUGAAGCAAAUCACACAUCAAGUUCACGGAAAACGCCUUUUCAUCGGUAUCAAGAAACUGCUGGCAUUAAUCGAUAUGGCUAGACAAACAGACGAACGACAUCGGGUGAUUAAGCUGAUCACUAAACUGGAAGAAGAUGGUGCUCUAGAGGAUCCAGGAAUGGCCUAAAGCGAUGGCAAAAGUACGGAUUAAUUAUGCUAGCAAUAUUACCAUGAUAGUCAAUUAACAGUAAGGUAAAAUUGUAAAAAAGUAUUGGUAGUCUCGUUUAAGCUGUUGUUACUACGUCUUACGCCCGCACGUAUUUGUUGGUUCUCUGCUUUUAGGCUCGGUUUACUAAAAUAACGAAGGACUUGAUCUACUAAGCGUGCGAUAAUUCCGAUAGAUGUGAUGGUGAUACAUAGAUUAACCCUGCAGCCGCAUUUUAAUACAAGCGAACGCAAUAAAUACGUGAUUAGCGGACAGUCAUUAAAAUAAAAUGUAAAGUUUACGAGCUGUUAAACAUUCCAAAGUUAAAUCAUAUAACUCAAGUGUUGCUGAUGUGAGAGUUUAAAUUUGUCAGCCUAUCGGGUGUAUGAACAUUUAACUAUUUAAGCUAUUAAUGUGUCGCUCUUCGGAAUCGAAGUAUUUAUUGGUGUAAAGUGAUAGUGUAGAUAAAACAAACAUGGACACUGCUUCUGGUCCAAUAAUUAUUUAUGCUGUGAUGAUUCUGUUUUCCAUUUGUGCGAAUUUUCUAAAAUAUAUUAUAUUUGUGGCGUUUUCACUAUACCUUUAUUUAUUGGAUGCAGUUGUCGAUUUCUGAACGUUGAUUGUAAAUUACUUAAACCCAAUUAAAUGUAGACUUACUCACUGUGUUAAUUGUGUAUAUGUAUUUGUUAUAUAUGAUAUACUUUUUGAAUUAAAUAUGCCAAUCUCCCAUAAAUUAAAUUUGUUUUAAUCUCGUAGAGUUUGUGAAAAGUGGGCUUUUAUCAGCGCCUAAAAAGGAUUCAUUUUGAAUACGGUCAAGGCAAAAAGUUUUAUGAUGUUUAAAUGUAUUUCCUCUGCCAUUAAAGAGAUACGAAUCAGAAUUAUUUAUGUAAAAUUGUUAGUAUGUAUUUUAUAAGUUUGCAUAGAAUAUCUGCAAAAAAUUAACAUUUGGAACUAGUAGGUUAUCGUCGAUAUUUUGUAGUAUAAAGCUGUGCUGCUUUUAACUAUGUUGUUAGAACUGUACUUAAUAGUAAAUUGCAAUGAUCUGUCCUGACAUUGUAUUCGUUGCCUUCUUAAUUGGUAAAAGACUUUUUAGUUUAACAGGAACUUAGGUUUACAAUCUAGCAAGUGAUGAUAACUUCCCAAAUAAAACCACAUCGAAUUACAA